AUGGACACUCUGAUGAAGGAGUGGGCCCUCUUCCUGGACCGAUGCCUGGAAAACCGGAUUCGCGCUGAUCUAUUCGAUGCUGCAGCCGCUCAGCUCUACAGCAAAUCGCCCCUUCAGGGACGUAAGCUGGCAGCAUUGUUGCUCAGGCCGCAUUCUCCUGCCGCUAGCAGUCUUGAUCCACGCGUCGUCGUCUAUGUCGAGCGACUGCUGGCCUUGCGAAAGGUCGAUGCUUCCGAUGUUUUAUCCUCAGCUUUCCAGUUCUCAAAAGAUCGUCCCCCAAGAGCAGGAGAUGUGGCCAACCCAAAGGAUCCGUCGCCAUGGCAGAACCCGCCCGAGCUGGAGGAGGUUAUCUUUCAUCGCCUCCACAAAGCAUUUUCAGGGGAGCGUCCCGAGCGACCGGUAACCAACACGGAGGGUAUCCGGACUUUGAUCGUCGCGUCAGGCUGGAUGUCGGCCAUGGUGACAUCCCACACCAGCGAUUCCAUGAUGCAGGCCAUGGCCGGGAUCCAGCAGCACCCCCAGCAACAAUCUAUCAAUGUCCGCGAGGCUCUUGGCAUGCUCGUGGUGGGGCUGAUUGAAAAUACCAGAAUCCUUCAAUUGCUGAACAAGGAUGAGCUCAAGGAUGUCCGAAAGAACUUUGCCCAGGCGCUGUCAACAUUCAUCCCAUUCCUAUCACAGACUUCCAUACAGAUUGCGAAUCGGUUGGAAAUAUAUCAAAAGGAGCAUGAUCUGCAUGACAAAUCAGUCUCCAACGCCAAUAGGGAGGUGACCGAGAACGCUGGGCUCGACGUUAUGGCCUUGCAACUAGAAGCAGUCAUCGACCUCCCAUUGAUCAAUACGAGAGCAGGGCUCUACAUCUUUCUCAAUGCAUUGCUUGUUGCCCGGCCUCUUACAGAUGACUUCACCAUCAACAACUACCUCCAUUCACGCUACAAGGUAAUGCUCUUACUAUUUUUCAUUAUGGACGCUCAGACUAUGGCCACGGAUCUGAUCACGGCUGGGUUUGAUAUCUUAGCAAAUGCCAUGUACCGGAGUGAAUCGAGCCAGACCAUGUUCUGCUUGAAAUCCUUUCUGGUUAACAAAGUCCCCAUCCUCCUGACCCAACUCACAUCUCCGAUAUACGCCAUGAAUCCGGAAGUAUGCAUAACUCAGGCGCUCAGCCGCGUUGAUCCAAAUGCGUUUCCAGCCUUCUCUCAAGGCUUUGACGACAUCAUGGGAAGUAAUAAUUCUCUAUCCGAUGUACGUCAGGACUUCCUCAAUGCCUGCGCUUUGCAUAGUCUCAUCCCCGCCAACACCGUUGAGCGUCUGCUGGGAGAGACCCCUAUGCAAGGUCCUCCGGAAACGAAGUACCUCAAGCAGGACCUGGUUAGUCAAUGUAAAGACAACUUCGAGAAGGUAAACAUGUUUAUCGACGAGCUCGAAAACUUAGACGGGAACGCCGGGGCUAUUGUGAGCGCUCUCACAGAGUUCAUAUCCCAUCUGUGCGAGACACAAAUGACGAUGUACCUGAAGACAAUAUGCAAUCUGCUUUCGAAGAAACCCCAAGCCUUGGAUGUGAUCCUGCAAUUCACGUCUCCGGUUAGCAUCCUGCGACCACUUUGCCAGUUUUUGGAUGAAUGGCGGUAUGAAGGCGACCAAGGCGAAUACCAGCCUGUGUACGACGAGUUCGGAGCCAUCCUGGUUCUUAUCAUGGCGUUUGUGCACCGAUACGAUCUGACGUAUCACGACUUAGGUGUCAGCCACGAUUCAUUUGUCGCUCAGCUGCUCCAGCGUGGGCAUCGCAGCGUUCCGCCGGAGGAACUCACCGAUGAGCAGGGCAAGCACUUAGGAAGCUGGCUCCGAGGUCUCUACGACUCGGAUAAGGAAGGGCUGAGCAAUGAGGUCUUCGCUUCUUGCCGUCCGCAGGAUUUCUAUCUAAUAGUGCCGACACUUUUCAGCCAAACCGUGAUGGCUUGCUCCGCGGAGGUCCUAUCUUUGGACUCGGUGAAGGGCGGGCUGGAGUAUCUCCAUGAAACCUUUCUGCUGCCGUCCCUGGUCGGUGGUUUGACAUGGAUGGCAUCGCACGCGCUUACGCAGAAGCAUCAUGAUCUCGAUAUGCUGAUGCAGAUAUUCCUCAAGCUGAUCCGAUCCGCCCCCACGUCCGGAGAUGCACAGGCCAUGCAUUCCACGAUCUUAUCCGUGGUUUCCGCCCGCCUCGAGAAAUGCUUCCGCACCCUGAAGCGGCGCCACCCGAGCCGCACAGACAUCGAACCGCUGCUUCAAGCGAUCAAGGGUAACCUCAACUAUGAGCGAUCGGUCUACUCGGCAAUGACCGAAUUGGAGCAGUGGACGAACGCGACCAACAACACACUGUAUACUUCGCUGCGCCACACCGUACAACAACUCUCCCAAUGGGCUUCUACAGCCUCAUUGCAGCCCAACCCGCCAAGCUAUACCCAUCGACAGGUGUACGCUGCCCUCAAGCUGCUCGGCGCCUCGAAGACACUACGAGCGAUCACCGACGAGAUCAAGUCUCAGACGGACGGCGGCAAUGGUGCUGCGGCUCUUGACAUUGGUGUCUCCCUCAUCUGCGCACCCAUGGUUGAGAACAGCGUGAUUCCCGUCGACUGGGUGGGCAGCUCAAUUCCCGCGCCUACCCCACCACGGACACGCAUUAAUCUUCGCGAGAUGCUAAAAGCCGAAUUUGACAACGCCGCGAGCGUCGUAUCCACCGACCCUCUCGCCGCUGAAACAAUAGUCCGUCUGCACCGCCGUGUCGAAGCCCAGCUCGCCGUCGUCGCUCAAGCCAGUCUCCAAGCCGCGCAUGUCGACCUCUCCAAUGUUGGCAUCGAUGACGUGCAAACCCAGAAUCUCUCUGCAGAUCUUGAUAAAGCAAUGAAUGACGCUGCCGCAGCUGUAGGUAUUACAGCUACAGGUGGCGAGAUGCAGGAUAUGGACAAGCAAGCGCUCCAGCGCACCAUCGACGAGCACCUAGAUCUGUCUGCAGGAGGCGCUCUCGAUCUGAGCGUCAUGGGUGUUGGUGCUACGGGGGCUGGUGACAUGGGCGCGGAUAUGGAUCUCCCUGAGCUCGAUCUUGGAGAUAUGGGCGAUAUGGGAGACAUGGGAGAUAUGGGUAUGGGUGAAGAUGACUGGGGGCUUGACUUUUCGGGCAUGGACUAG